ACACGGAACCCGGAACAACUGAGCCAUGGCAGUCUUCACCCAUCUCCAGCUGGUGUUUGUGGCCGUCCUGAUGCUGUCAUCUCAGCUAGACUUUGCCAAAGCCGCUGUUGUGCUGUCUGGUUUAAAAGGCAGUAACCUCCCUGGUGAUGCUUUGGGAAACAAACCAGACCCAUACGUCAAGAUUUGGUGCGGUAGCUCUUCUGUGGUGACGGGCUAUUUCAAAAACAACGCUAAUCCUUCUUGGGAUGCAGAGUACUACCUCUCAGGCUGUGUUUCCCGUAACACUAUAAGGCUGGAGGUGUGGGACAAAGACGCGAAGUAUGACGAUCGCAUUGGCUCGUAUAGUGGAACCGUGGCAUCAGGAACUAACAAUAAGGUUUCUUUCUCUGUGGGCAAAGGAACUAUGAGUUUCAAGUAUGAUGUGAAAUAAAUCUGUUCCACAUUUGUAAGGGUGUUCGGUGGAAAUAAAAUUGAACAGCAUACACUAUGACCUGUGUAUUUUGACUUGUGAGAUGUUAUUUCAAAUGUACCAGCUGCUGACUUUGCUUUAAAAAUAUAUAUGUAUUUUAUUCUAAUAAAAUAAGACAAA